AUGACGGAGAAUUCUUGGGUGGUUAGACGAGUACGCGAGUACUCAUCCUCACCAGCUCUCAAGAGUACCAAAGUGACCUACUGCUUCCUCCUCCCGUACCAGAACCUCGGGAGGAGGACAAUCCCAAUGCUAUUUGUGGAUGAUGUGGAAGUGAAGCCUUCACCUGCCAUCAAUGACCAAUUGGCCUAUGGAUUUGCUGCUGCCACCAUUUUGGACUUGAGUGAAGAAGACCGCUGCUGGGCAUGCUAUGAAGUUGCUUUCACCAGUGGUCGAGUCCAAGGAAAAAACAUGAUUGUUCCGGUUUGCUUUACUACAUACAGAUAA